AUGCUCAUGUUGACCUCUGGAAGUACAGGCAACGCAAAAGCUGUCUGCUUCACACACGAACAAGUUCUGGAUGCAGUUUCCGGAAAAGCUGCAAUGCGCGUACUUCCCCGGGACCGGCCAUUCUUGAACUGGAUCGGUCUAGACCACGUCGCCGGCCUCCUUGAGAUCCACCUUCAGGCAUUAUGGCUCGGCGUCGAUCAAAUUCAUGUCAGCGCUGCCGAUAUCGUGACAUCUCCUACGAUAUUCUUGGAACUAAUCAGUCGACACCGGGUUGCUCUGACGUUUGCUCCAAAUCUCUUCCUGGCCAAGCUGGUCGCUACUUUUGAGUCACUUCAACAGAGCCCCAAGCUGGACCUGUCAAGUCUGGUCUGCGUAACAUCUGGAGGCGAGGCAAAUGACAUUAAUACUUGUAUUGCAGCAUCCACAUUAUUCUCAAAAUAUGGAGCUCCUCACGAUGUCAUCACCGCUGGUUUUGGAAUGACGGAGACGUGUGCCGGGUCACUCUACAACACCAGAUGCCCCGAGUACGAUGUCUCUCGUGGCUACACAGUAGCAUCUCUUGGCAAAUGUAUAACUGGUAUCGAAAUGCGUAUCGUCACAUCUGAAGGACAGGUAGCUGCAUCUGACGAAUCGGGUGACUUGGAAGUCCGUGGCAAGGUCGUCUUCAAGGGCUACUACCGUAACGAGACUGCGACGAAGCAGGCGUUUGCGCCUGGCCAUUGGUUUCGAACUGGCGACCGAGGGUUCAUCGAUUCAAAUGGUAACCUCAACAUGGUGGGCCGCGCUAAAGAGGUCAUCAAUAUCAACGGUGUUAAGAUUGUCGCCGCCGACGUCCAAACAGCCGUGGAGAAUGCCUUGGGCAACCGCGUUGCUCGACUCGUUGUCUUCUCUACCCACGCAUCACAUACAGAGCAGGUGACAGUCGCUUAUAUCCCCAAGGCAUUCCCCAUUGGGGAUCAGGAAAUGAUGGACAUUGCUCGUCUAGUUACCCAGGCAUGUGUGAUACGCACUGCGAGUAGGCCAUUGGUGUUUGCUCUACGAGAACAAUCCAUACCACUUCUCCCAGUGUCUACUUUGGGGAAGAUAUCCAGGCUCAAAGUGUCGCGCUUGUUUGAGGAUGGUGAAUUCGCUGCGGACCUCGAAUUCCACCACCAAACAGUACUGCGCGCAUCCGGGGCAGCUAAGCAAAUGUACAUGAGUGGAUCAAAGCCAGAAAACGAGUCCGAAGGGGCUCUCAUCGAGAAUGUCGCCGAAACUCUUGGCGCAGCUUCAGACGUUCUCGAUAUCACUUCUGAAACGUCUCUGUUCGACAUCGGAUUUACAUCAAUGCACGUUAUCAAACUCAAGUAUCACAUUGAGCCGCGCCUAGGAACAGAUGUGCCUGUUGUUCUCAUCAUGAAGAAUCCUACUAUCAGGGCCCUGGCGGCUGACAUCGAUGCCUACAUGAAGCAGUCACAGGGAGAUUCUGAUGAGCCAGCAACCAUCGAGGAUUAUGACCCAGUCGUCAUCAUCCGCGGCGAGGGGUCGAAAACACCACUCUGGAUGAUUCAUCCCGGUGUGGGAGAGGUCUUGGUCUUCAUCGGUUUGGCUCAAUGCCUUGCGCAAGACGAUCGGCCAGUGUUCGCUUUGCGCGCAGCUGGCUUCGAGUCUCCUUACCAACGCUUCGAAAGUAUCAAUCAGACUGUUGAUAUCUAUACUGCGGCUAUCCGUCGAUGCCAGCCGCGCGGCCCCUAUGCUCUGGCGGGCUAUAGCUACGGCACGAUGCUCGCAUUUGAAAUCUCAAAGCGGCUGAAUGCCGACGGCAACAAAAUCACAUAA